UUAUAAGUGGGAAAAAAAUGUGCCUUCUGUCACUGAGGGUUGCAGAGAGUGGUGACUAGCUGGAGAACUCGGGUGCAGUGACAAGAAACAUCAGAGCAUGAGUUCUAAGUCAAAACCCAUAGGGAUCAUCGGAGCUCCUUUCUCGAAGGGACAGCCACGAGGAGGAGUAGAAGAGGGCCCUACAGUAUUGAGAAAGGCUGGCCUGCUUGAGAAACUUAAAGAACAAGAAUGUGAUGUAAAAGAUUAUGGCGACCUGCCCUUUGCUGAGGUCCCUAAUGACAGUCCAUUUCAAAUCGUGAAGAACCCAAGGUCGGUGGGAAAAGCGAAUGAGCAGCUGGCUGGUAUGGUGGCAGAAGUCAAGAAGAAUGGAAGGAUCAGCGUGGUGCUGGGUGGAGACCACAGUUUGGCGAUUGGAAGCAUCUCUGGCCAUGCCAGGGUCCACCCGGAUCUCUGUGUCAUUUGGAUAGAUGCUCACACCGAUGUCAACACUCCACAGACAACCACAAGUGGGAACUUGCAUGGACAACCUGUGUCUUUCCUCCUGAAGGAACUAAAGGGAAAGAUCCCAGAUGUACCAGGAUUAUCCUGGGUGACACCCUGCAUAUCUGCCAAAGAUAUUGUGUAUAUUGGCCUGAGAGAUGUGGACCCAGGGGAACACUACAUUUUGAAAACUCUGGGUAUUAAAUACUUCUCAAUGACUGAAGUAGACAAACUGGGAAUUGGCAAGGUGAUGGAAGACACACUCAGCUAUCUACUAGGAAGAAAGAAAAGGCCAAUUCAUCUGAGCUUUGAUGUGGAUGGACUGGACCCAUCUGUCACACCAGCUACUGGCACACCAGUCCCCGGAGGUCUGACUUACAGAGAAGGUCUCUACAUUACAGAAGAAAUUUACAAAACAGGACUACUAUCAGGAUUAGAUAUAAUGGAAGUGAACCCAUCUCUGGGGAAGACACCCGAAGAAGUAACUCGAACAGUCAACACAGCAGUAGCAGUAACCUUGGCUUGUUUCGGUGUUGCCCGGGAGGGUAAUCAUAAGCCUAUUGACUACCUUAACCCACCUAAGUAACUGUGGAAACAUUAUAUAUAAAACUCUCAGCUAAUAACAGAAUUACCAAAUCUAAUCAUUUACUUAAGGUUAUAGUUAUCCUCUUAUAGAUUUGGUAUUUCAGAAAACUGUUUUGCCUUAGGAAAUAGUAGUACAAUUAGUAACUGUAUCAAUUCCCUCUUGGUGUAAAAGAUUUGGAAAUUCAAAUUUUUGUCAACUUACAAAGCUUAUAUUUUGACAAAAGACAUAGAAAUAUACAUUAACUUCCAAAUAAAAAUUUGCUGGCAUAAAAAAUAAACACACUCUCACAAGAAAGUGGCAAGGAAUAUUCAAAGUGAUGAAAAACAAGGACCUAUGACCAAAAUUACUCCACCUAGCAAAGCUGUCAUUUAGAAUCAAAGGACAGAUAAAGAGCUUCCCAGGCAAGAAAAAGCCAAAGGAGUUCAUCACCACCAAACCAGUGUUACAUAAAAUGUUAAAGGGUCUUCUUUAAGAAGGAAAAAAGAUAAAAAAUAUGAACAAUAAAUACAUAUCUAUCAACAAUCCAAUCUAAAAAGCACAAUAAACUAACAAGCAGAAACAGACUCAAAGAUACAGAGAACAUUUUGACGGUUGCCAGACAGGAGGAGUGUUGGGGGGAUGGGUGAAAAAAAGUGAAGGGGUUGAGGAGCAUAACCUGGUUGUCACAGAAAAGUCAUGGGAAUGUAAAGUAGAGCAUAGGGAAUAAUCUAGUCAAUAGCAUUCUAGUAACUAUGUACGGUGUCAUGGAUACAGGAUUUAUCAGGACAUUCACUUAGUAAGUUAUAUAAUGUCAAAUCACUGGGGUGUUCACCUGAAAGUAAUAUAAUACUGUAUGUCAACUGUAAUUGAAAAAUAAAAAAUGAUUAAAUGUUA